CUGUCUUUAAACAGAAAAACCGCGUUUUUGUCCCUAACGUUUUCCUUCGCUUACUUCCAGGCUUAUCUGAGCUACACGAAUCCAGACGCAUUUUUCCUGAACCUUCAACGGGUGCAAAUCUCUUACUGUGAUAUCACCAGUGCUGUGGUGAAGAGCCUGUUAACAAAUGCACCGUUUUUGCGAAGUAUGACUAUUGGGAGCAACGUUGAGAUGACUGAUGGUGAUAUGUUUAGACUACUGGGCGAGUGUUCACUUGAAAAUCUGGAAGAAUUGAUCCUUUCCAAUGCCAGCCACCUGACAGCAGUUUCCGUUCAACUGCUGGCGGAAAAUUGCCCAAAAUUGCGAGUUUUAGGAUCGCUCACCAGUUGGGAUAUCACUCCCGAGGAACUGGAUGCCCUAAGAAUACUAAUUGCUGUAUCGAACACGGAUUUAACGCUGUGGCCCGUUACAUUUUAGGACUUCGCUUGGCUCAGUAAAUAAAUAAAUUCCGCAGAAUUUCCGCAUUACAACCCCUACCGAUUACCGGAAUAUUGUGUUUCCAACCUCCCCCGUUAUAAAAUAGCAGGCAUGCAUUAUUAGACCGUAGUAUUUCCCAUAGUUCGGGCCGGGGGCGCAUGAUCUGAAAUCAGUGUCGAGGAGGAACGUGCUCAAAAGAGAACUCGCCAGUUCAUGUUCCGCGUUUUAGAGCAAAGCUUUCGGGAAACUUUUCGGGGAAUUCUGGAAUCACGCGUCUUGAUCACCGGUCACUUUCAACAUCAUCGGCGUUGAUAAACCAGUGAUUUCCUGCUGAUUAGUCCAGAUUGGCGAGGGUGAGAUUGAAUUGCUCCAGUUUCGAUUCCCGAUCUUUACCAGAAUGAAGCACAGAAACAAACAAUGCCUGCUGGCUUCAAGCCGUUGUUGUUCUUACUAGUCAGAAGUUCGGAAUCCCUGCAAUUGUUGUUCGGUCGUUUUAAUUCCUUCCUAGCUUUAUUCGACUUCAUAUAGCAAUUUUCAGGGGCUUUGAAUGAUCAUUAAAACCCCCAAAAAUGGAAAACUCCUCCGUGACUUCCCCAGCCCGAUAAUGCCGGAAUAUUACUUCUAAAUCCAUAGAGACCGAAGUUAGCGAAUGCAAAUAUAAUUCGGAUCCCCAAUUUCUCCUGUUGGGGGACGAGAUAUUUUUGUUUCAAAGCUCGAGCAGUUCAAUCGCACCCGAUCUGAGCCCAACAUGUGGCGCUCAGAACUGUAGUAACCGAAGCUCAGUAAUCGGCGGGCGACUAAAAUGUUAAAAGGCGCGAAGCUCGCACUCUUAGGGAUAUUUUGGCAGCUGUUGACGCGUGCUUAUGUUUGCAGCUCGUUUCAGGAAGAGUGGUGGCUUCUGAACCGAUCGAACGUCACAACCCCUAUCAGAAACAUCACCACCGUAUCAGGUAGAGACGCUGUCUUUAAUUGCGUGGUGAACUCAACUGACCGCUACAAAACCAACAAGGUGGCCUGGGUUCGAGCCGAAGACCAAACCAUCCUGAGCAUCGGCACUAAAGUGGUAACGCACAAUAAUCGAAUCUUCGUUAGUCAGGAAGAUCCCUACACCUGGCAGCUUCGCAUAAAGCAGGUGAAGGUGUCGGAUAGAGGGUGUUAUCUAUGUGAGGUCAAUACCAGCGCCAUGCGAACCCAGGAGGCCUGCCUAGAUGUUAAGGUUCCUCCGGAUAUUCUGAAUAACGACACCAGUGGGGAUAUUUCAACAUUAGAAGGGGAAAACGCCACCUUGUGGUGCAAGGCGUCCGGUCAUCCUCCCCCACGGGUGCUUUGGAAGCAGGAAGACGGCCACCCGAUUUUCAUCCGAAGGAGUUUGCACAACUUCACCAAAGCUGACAACUUCAGAGGAAGCAACCUUGCCUUCUGGAAAGUCGACAGAAUCCAAAUGGGUUCUUAUCUCUGCAUAGCCAGCAACGAUGUUCCACCAGCUGUGAGCAAGCGAGUCUCCUUAUACGUUAACUUUCCACCGACGAUUAAAGUCCCAAAUCAGCUUCUGGGAGCCCCAGUCCAAACCGACGUUCAACUCGAAUGCUAUGUGGAAGCUUUUCCCAAUACAAUAAACUAUUGGGUGAAAAACCGAAGCGAUAUGCUCCUAAAUGGGUCCAAAUACUUAGUUAGAGAGAAUCGAAUAGGCUACAGGGUGUACAUGUCGCUGCUCAUCAAGUCAUUUAGCGCUAAAGAUGUGGGAACAUACAAUUGCGUUUCCACAAACUCGCUAGGAAAAGCUGAAGGCACCCUUAGACUGUAUGAAAUUAAGCUCAACCCGGUUAAUUCAUUCAACAACAGAGCUGAACUGGUCGAAGGAGUAGCCGAACCAGCAAGAGGAGCCAGAUCGAAGGAAGUUGUGAUAUCAAGCGCAGCAUCCUUGAUCGAUCUAUCUUCGCUCUUUCAUCUGAUUUUGCUGGCUUUUCUGUUGAAGCUUCGGUGACUUUAAUCCGGACUGCACAGCAACAAGGACCGCAACAUGGGCUGCUAGUCCAAUUAAUCAACAAAGUCUUCUUUGCGAAAAGUUCUCUAUUCUUGUUAGGAAGAUGAUCUAAGUAAUCACCGCUACAAAGAUAGUUUAUUUCCUCUAACACUCACAAGCAAUCAAGAGCUAGUUGGCGCACAUUCAGUACAUAUUUUAUAGUUGGUUCAUUUAUUCGCUGUAAGUGUACAUAUCAGGACACCAGAGGAACCAGUCAUUUUCGGCUAUAUCUGAGCAUCCAGUGGGCGCCUCAGUGGAUGUAAAACAUAUCAUACAUUUCAAGCGUUUCACUGUAUAUUUAACUCUGCUAAUCUUAAGUUUCAGUUGAUUUUCAGAUUUUUGCAGCUUUUAGUUAGCAGAUCGGUGUGCUAGUUUUAAGAGUAUUUGUGCCAAAAAUUCUAAGAUCGCCCAUACAGGUUUCAAAACACGAGUAUACACGCACUGUCUACAAACUUUACAUAAGCUUCUAAGUCUAAGAAUCUCAAAUAAAAGGCUUUUUUCUGUA